AGUGCAUCUGGUUUGUGAGAAUUAUCAUAUAUCAUAUACAUGGCAAAGUCUCGAGUUGAAACCGUCUUGGGAGCUAUAAACGCCGAGGAUUUGGGUCUAACUUUGCCGCAUGAACAUGUAGUUAUGGACUGCAGUUACUUCUGUACACUACCAGCAACUGACGAAGAAAGGGAGAGAUACACCGCUCCUAUUACGAUGCAAAACCUCAACUGGUUACGACAUAAUCUUUAUAAAAGUAAAGUGAAUGUCAGCAUGUACAAUGAGCAAGAAGCGGUGAUCGCAGAUCUAAAGAUUUUCAAACAAGCUGGGGGAGCGACCGUGGUAGAAAAUACUGUAAUCGGAAUAAAUCGAGAUAUUAUAAAAAUGGUGAAUAUAUCGAAGUCAUCCGGGGUACAUAUGGUCUGUGGUACCGGGUAUUUCGUCGACGAGACAGUCCCGGGGGAGGUGAAGUCAUUGUCAGUUGAAAAGAUCACUCAGGUAUUGGGGGGGGGUAGAACCAUAGAAGGCCAGAAGGGGGCAGUUAUAGAACAAGAAUUUUUUCAUCUAAGGAAGUAGACGCUAUAUGCAAUUGUCUUUGAGUGUGGAGAUUCACUGAUUUCGUUUAUGUUUAUGUCCAUAAAUAAUUUGACCAUUCCACAAAUUUCCGAGUAUAGUUUCCGGUUAUAGCCAUAAAUGGCUAGAUCAUGUCACACCAUGUUGCAAUCGUUGAUAUAAAUUGAUAUGUUCAUGUACCGUAUUUACUUGAUUAAACGCCGCGGCAAUCGGUUAUUUGCCGAACAAAAACACCGAAUGGCCCAACCUCGUUCUCAGGCUCUUCCCUCUUGUUGGUUGCAAAUGGCCGAUCAAUUUUGUUCUGCACGGACAUUUUGACCGAUCAAAUAAAAUACACAAUGUUCAUUUAAAUUGAAGGUAGCUUAAAUGUAAAAAGUACUGUUUGAAAGGCAUACUAUACCUACUGUACCAUGUAAUCAAUAAAUAAUAUAUUUGUACUUUCUAUUAAAGCGAAUCAACCGUGCGGAAGGCAAAGCCUUUGGGCAACUUUUUGCAUAUUCAAAUGAUGAUUAAAUUGUUGAAUACUUUGAUAUGCGUAUUCUAAUUCUUCUCAGCUGCUAGCUACAUGUUAUUAUGGUUGAACUGCAAUUUAUCGUGACUCAUAACGCGCCAUUUGGAUACGCAGUGGAAAUUCCGAAUAGACCUUAUGCAUAAUGACGUCACAUGGCUUGAUGCCCGCGAGGAAUGCUGGUCUUAGUAGUCAUUGCCCGGGAAAAUUUCGAUAGUGGCCAUUUUGAAUUGUUUAAUUUUCCCGGGCGAUGACUACUGAGACCAGCAUUCCUCGCGGGCAUCAAGCCUUGUGACGUCAUUAUGCAUAAGGUCUAUUGGUUUAUUGCUAACUCAACAUGGGCCAUUCAUUUUUAUGAUGUAUAUCACCAUACUGUCAAACUAAAAUCGAUUAUGUAUAUCAUCAUACAUGUGAACUGUUAUAUACGAUGUAUAUCAUCGUACAGACACAUUGAUAACCUGUCCCUCACCCUCCCCCCCCACUCUAACCCCUAAUCGGAGGUAUCGACCCCCCACCCUAAUGGCGGAGUGAAACGACUUCGAUGUUUUGCCUUUUCUGUGAAAAUGCACGCGGAAUAAUGAAUGUGACAACCUAAAAACUAGAAAUAAUUACAGUCUACAUGUGCAAGAAGUCGUAAUAUACAAGAAAAUGAACUAAAGGCGACUGUCGAUAAAUUAUUUAUUGUAUGAAACAUUCUUUAACUGAACCAUACAAAGAUAUUUUCGUAGAUUCAUAUGAUCCGCGUUUUUCUCAAUACCUUUUUUGCGUAGCAUGUAUAAUUUUUGCGUUGAUCAUAUUUAAUUAAAGGUAAUGAUUUACUCUACAAUUUAAGCGUGUACAAAUGCUUAACUAUUUAAUAGUUUGCUUAACUCUUGUGUCUUAAGUUCGGUAUUCGACAAUUUUUCAAGAAAUGUUCACACGCCUCCCGGUCUAAAAUUUUAAAUUUAAAUAAACUUUUUAAAUUUAAAUUCUGUUUCUUUUUAGAUUUAAAUGUGAGAAAACUUUUUAUUAAACUACCCGUCUAGUGUGUUUUUUUUUUGUUUUUUACGUACCUAGCCAUGUUUUUGUUUACAAUUUGGCAUGUUUACAUAUUGGCACAUAUUUACAACAUGAGCGGCCGUGUUGUAUCGGAUAUACAAACUCGAGCCGAAGGCGAGAGUUUGUAUAUCCGAUACAACACGAACGCGAAUGUUGUAAAUGGCUUAAAAAACGACUCAUCUUAUGAGUUCUUUGGCGAAGUAAUUUUAAAAUUAAACGUUGUCUAAGCCGAGAAAAUCAAAGUUAAAGUUUAUGUAAAUCAACAUGAGUCUGUAUCACAUAUACAGACUCCUUCACGCCCAUGAUUUCUUUUGUGUUUUCUUCAUGAAUUAUUAAUGAGUUUUUUAAUAUUUUUAUUACAGAACAUGAUAUCCGAGAUCAACGAUGGCAUUAAAGACACUGAAGUCAAACCUGGCAUUAUCGGUGAAAUCGGAACUUCGUGGCCAUUAACAGAUGUUGAGAAACGUAAUCUCCAGGCCGCUGCCGAAUCGCAAACUCAAACCCAGACCCCCGUUAUGAUCCAUCCCGGCGCGGACCCACAAGCACCUUUCGAAGUCUUGCGCCUGUUCCAAGAAGCCGGCGGCGACGCCAGACGCAGCGUCAUGGCUCAUCUAGAUCGCACAAUUCCGAGAAAUGAGCUCCUGAUUGAACUUGCCGACACGGGCGUUUACUUAGAAUAUGACUUUUUCGGGUCCGAAAUUUCUUAUAUGACGCCAUAUAUGUCGGACGCUCAACGCAUUGAGAAGAUUCGCCAUUUGAUUGAUGAAGGUUAUAUAGACAAAAUAUUGAUAUCCCAUGACAUACACACAUGCCAUAAUCUAACCAAGUUUGGUGGAGUAGGGUUUUCACAUAUCCUUCAUUACACUGUACCAAAAAUGCUGCAUAAAGGCAUCGCUCAGGCUGACAUUACUAAGCUGCUCGUUUCCAACCCUAAAUCUUGGUUAACCUACUACUAACGCAAUAUAAAGGAACACAGUUCACAUGAAAUUCUAGUUGAUUCAUGGAUUAAUUUAAUGUAGUCCAUCUAUGAAAUUUAUGGCAACCACUGAGUAUUCUAAUAAAAUACAAUACAAUGGAAAUUCCGAAGAAAUUCAUAUUUUUAAUUCAACGUUUCGACUACUGUUGAGUCAUCAUCAGGAAUUAGCCAAUUUCUGAUGAUGACUCAACAGUAGUCAAAACGUUGAAUUAAAAAUAUGAAUUUCUUCGGAAUUUCCAUUGUAUUGUAUUCCAUCUACGAAACCCUUCCAACUAUUGUAGAUCAGUAGAUGUCCAAAAUUCUUCAACAAGUUACAGUCAUGAUUGGAAUAAAAAGUAACAAAAU